GGAGGGAGCCGACCCCUAUCCGGAACCCCGCCCCCUGCCCCGGCUUCGGCCGCGCGCGCGCGCGCCCCCGGCCCGGCAGUGAAGAGAGAGAGAGAGAGACGAGGGACGGAGUGAGCGCGGCGGGGCCGGGCCAGGGGCCGCCAUGGAGGCCGAGCCAGGCCCGCCCCAGCUGUGGCUCAAGCGGCGCCGCUGCCUGCUCAGCCUCGACCGCCCGCGGGCGCUGCUGCUUUGGGGGCCCGCCUUGGACCCGGCCCAGGGCCCGGCCGCAGCCCCGACCGCCGGGCCCGAUACCUGCUCUGUUCCUGUUUCUGAGAUUAUCACUGUAGAAGAAACAGAAAUUGAUGAGAAGCACUAUCAUAGUGGGAAAUGGCAAAAGAUGGCAAAGCCUUAUGCUUUUACAGUGUACUAUGUAAAGAGAGCACGGCGUCACCACUGGCGGUGCAGUCACGUGACCUUCUGGUGCACAGAUGAGAUGCUCUGUAACCAGUGGAUACAGACACUCAGAGAGUUGCUUGAGAAGCUGACAUGUAGACCAAAGCACUUACUUGUGUAUAUUAAUCCCUUUGGAGGAAAAAGACAAGGCAAGCGAAUAUACGAACAGAAAGUCGCCCCGCUGUUUAAGCUAGCUUCUGUCACUGCUGACGUCAUCGUUACUGAACAUGCUAACCAUGCCAAGGACAGUUUAUUUGAAAUUAAUAUUGAGAAAUAUGAUGGAAUCGUCUGUGUCGGUGGAGAUGGCAUGUUCAGUGAGGUGUUGCAUGGCCUCGUUGGAAGGACACAGAAGGAUUGUGGUAUAGACCAGAAUGAUCCCAAAGCAUCAUUAGUCCAGUGCAAUCUAAGAAUUGGGAUAAUCCCUGCAGGUUCAACGGAUUGUGUGUGCUAUGCCACGGUUGGUGUUAAUGACCCAGUGACGUCAGCGUUACACAUUAUUAUUGGGGACUCUCUGUCCAUGGACGUGUCUUCUGUGCACCACAACAAUGCAUUUCUGAAGUAUUCUGUGUCCUUGCUGGGCUACGGUUUCUAUGGAGACAUAUUGAGGGACAGUGAGAAAAAGCGGUGGAUGGGCCUCAUCCGGUAUGACCUUUCAGGUUUUAAGACCUUUCUUUCUCAUCAUUGCUAUGAAGGAACGGUGGCCUUUCUGCCGGCACAGCACACUGUGGGCUCUCCACGAGAUAAGAAGCCCUGCCGAAUGGGGUGUUUCAUUUGCAGGCAGAGUAAGCAGCAGCUGGAAGAUGAGCAGAAAAAAUCCCUGUAUGGCUUGGAAAACACAGAGGAUGUAGAAGAGUGGAAGGUCAUCCAGGGGAAGUUUCUGGCGAUCAACGCAGCCAACAUGAGCUGCGCCUGUCCUCGGAGCCCCAAGGGCCUGUCCCCGGUGGCCCACUUGGCCGAUGGCUCCUCAGACCUCAUCCUGGUCCGCAAAUGUUCCCGGCUGAAUUUUCUGAGGUAUCUCAUCAGGCAUACCAACCAAGAUGACCAGUUUGACUUUGCAUUUGUUGAGGUUUACCGGGUGAGGAAAUUUCAGUUCACGUCAAAGCAUUUGGAAGAUGAGGAUGGUGAUCUCAAAGAUCUAGGGAAAAAACGAUUUGGUCAGAUCUGCAGUGAUCAUCCAGCCUGUUGCUGCACUCUUCCUAACAGUACCUGGAACUGUGAUGGAGAAAUUCUGAACAGUUCUGCUGUUGAAGUCAGGGUUCACUGCCAGCUGCUGCAGCUCUUCGCCCGAGGGAUUGAGGAGGCCCCAGCGCAGGAAGCCCUCAGCUGAGACACUGCUGCCAGCGGAGGCCUUGGGGUGCAGCCGGCGCUUGUAAAUCUUCAGACAUAUUUAUUAGAAAGAAUGUUGCAGACCAGUUCUGUUGGUGCAUACACACAUUUGAAAUUUGGAAUUUAUUUUUGAUAGUUAAAUGUUGAUUUUAGAAAACUGCCUUUUUUCCACAGUGUCUGUACCGUCCUGAGCAUUUUACGAGGUGAAUCAUCAGGGGCCUGGGGCUGGCAAAGCUGUUCAUGAUGGCACUGCCCACCUCUCUGAGGGGCCUGAGAUAACAUGCGUCCUGCCCAUCAGUCACACACCACGGGAAGGCCAGAGGUCGGCAGUCUCAUCUGCAAAUCCUCGGGAUGGAAGGGCGGGGCCUUCCUUCUCCUCUCUCCCCAUUCAGGGCUAAGGGGGCUUUCCUUGAACCUUUCCAUAGUGCAGUGAAUUCUGGCCUCUGGCAGAUACUGGCACUUCAACAAUCGUAAUUCAUGAUUCACCUUCCAGUGUUGUGUUUUCACGAGAACUGUCUCAGCUGGUGGCAGGUGCUCCCGAGGCGUGUUGGCAGAAGCAGGUCACGGAGCGCUCGGCUCUGAAGGCAGAAAGACAGGCGCUCCGAGACAAACUUUUCCUUUUUUAGAAAACCCAACCCUCGGGAUUGCAAACGUUGGUGCUUUGUGUUGGCGCAGGCUGAGUGGUUAAAAUGACCUUCAUUGUGCUGCUCGAAGCCGGCGGUCAGUAAAUCACAAGUUUACUCUGUGAAUCGUUUGUCGUUAGUGAUAUUAACUGCAAAAGCGAGUGUUGUCGACAGACAUGCAAUUGUUCUUCUCCUGUGUGUGUCCAUUUGCAUUACCUUGUGUGGGGGCCUGAGGCCUGAGUGUUGGAAUCUUGUCUGCCUUGCUUAGUUCCAUAUAUUUAUUGGAAGUUUUAUCCUUUUCAGCCCCAGCCCUGUAUGUCAUGGGGGCUUUCAGUGUUUGUGUUUUGUCUCCAGACCACGAUUAAUGGUUCAUUUACUGCCGAAGCACUUGAAAGUACCAUUAUCAGAGGAACCAGAUUUUUCAGUGAAGGCAUUCCUCCUCGAGUAGCAGCAUAAUUACUAAAUUGUGUCCUAGGCCAUUGUUUUAUUCUUAUUCCUAGUUAUGAAUAUGAUAAAAUGUAUGCAAAGUAGGCUCUGUUAAAGUACAAGAAGACGAGCUUAGAGUCACUUGCGUGCGUUCUCAUAGUGAAAUACUUGACACAGCUUUUACAAAAGUAGGCUAUUUUCUGUACUCUUCUAGAAUCUUCUAGAAUGGGUGAGUUUUUACCGAUUCAGUUAGGUAUUUAGAUUGAUUUAACAUACAUCACAUAGUAUAUUUUUAGAAUUUACUCAGAGCAGUUUAGUCUUCUGAAGUAACCAUCGCUUGCCUGUCGCAUCAGCAGGUCCAACCCUGGGAAGGAGAGGGAAACGCUUAUGGUCGAGUCAUGAGAACACGAGGGUUUCCAGGGUAAAAGAAGUAGUCAGGUGGCCUCGGGCUGGAAUCAAAUGGCUGGAUCCAAACAAACCAGGGCUGUGCUCUCCAAGAGUUCUUUAAACGCUUUCAGCCUGCCGGCCUCUAAGAUCCUGAGGGCAGGGACCAUGUCUCCUGUUUGGGCAUUCCCUUCCUUCUGCCCGGAUCUCGGCACAGCGGGCACCAGUCUCGGCACCAUUGCCUUUCUCGUUCAGCCCAUCCCUGGAAUGGUGAUGGCCCCACAGAGUGACCGUGGCCGGCGUUCCCAUUCUUGGUGGGAAUUCCCCAUGUUCUCGGUGACUGCCUUUACGGUAUGCCAAGUCAAACUCUACACUUGAACAAGCCUUUUUUGUGAAAGUGGCAGGUCAGCCUGCUUUAGGUCUUUCCUUCUGACUCCAAAGGAGUCUCCAAAGGGGCAUUGCCCCUGCUCAGAAAUCCAAGCCUGCUACUGGUCUGCCUUGCCAGUUUUAGGGUCAUCGUUUGAACUGCUAAUAAAGGAAGCACUUGGUCCAGAAAAAGGCCUGGUCCACAUUCCCUGCUUUGCCAAGGUGGCUUCAGUUUGGAACACGGCCUCACAAACAGAGACUUGAUUUAGAGGCUAAUGAGCCUGGACGUUCCCCUACUUUCCCCUCUGUCCCAAUGGAAGUUGCAGAAUCCUCACCGAUGGUUGGUUUGUCUAUUGUCUUGUGGAAUCCAGGCCCCUGGCAUUUGGCACCUGGGAGGUGAGCCGGGGUUUUGUCAGUGUAGUGGCAGCAGCGGUGCCUCCCGCUACAACACGCUUUGUGUAGCCCGUGCACGGGCAGCCCCUCCCUUCAUGGGCACCACCUUCUCUAGCGGGUGGGCCUUGGCACCGGCCCACCGACCGACCUUGUCCUAGCCUGGGGGGCAGCAUCCGAGGGGGGCCGUUAGCCGGGGACACACGUCAGGAGAGGAUGGGCUGCAGCUGUCCUCCUGUGAUGUGAUGCAUUCUUGCUUGUUUUCAUUAAGAAAAAGGCUUUUCAGGUUGUGCCCGCUUUUAUCUGAAAACAAUUAUGAAUUUAAUCCUUAAGUACAAUCAUGGGGAGAAAGAAAUUACUGAUGGAAAAACUUAAGUUUAAUUUUCUGUCUAAUCUUGCUGGUUUCAAGAUUAGAAGAGGGUAUACUUAAUGUUCUGAUGUAUCGAGAAGACUUUGAAAAAUAAAAUUAUGUUGGACAGAA